AUGGUCAUAAUCGAUAAGAGUGGAGAUAACGACGGCUCGACUGUAACCGUAGUAAUGAUUACAUUGCUAUCUAUGGCUGUCAUCGGUAUAUCUGUGGUAUCGGCGCUGCUCUUCGUGAGGGCCCGUAAACGACAUGACACGCAAACCAUCACUGGAUUCACAUCAAAGUCCAGUGAUGACAACAGUUACACCGACCUGGAUUUGAACGGUCACCAGACGUACAACAACUUAAAACGACCCGAUUUAAACAUCUCGAUGCAUAAUAUACAGGAUCUGGUCCACAGCCAACUGUUGCCGCACCGGACCGCUCGUCACACUAUGGAAAAUGGCUAUCAAUUAAGUUUUUAUGACAAUAACCGCCAAAAUCCUAAUGUGUUUGACUUGAGACGGAUGUCGAUGAGG